GACGAGGAUGUGAUGAGACGAGAGAGGAGGCACGCACGCGGUUCCCAGCCAUGAUGAGGCUCCUCGUGGGGAUGGCAAUGACGACAGCCAGGAUGGUCCUAAAUAUAACGCAAGGUGGAUGAGGAUAGAAGCUUCCGCUGGAAGGUGUUGGAGACUGUACGCCGCACUCUGGGUAUGGGGCCUGCUUCGUACGACGCGAUCGAGCCUCAGGAAGGCAGGCAGUACGUCUUCGACCACGGCCACCUCGCUGCCGCCGUCGAGUCCGAGUUCCUGCAAGCAGGCGAGCGAGAUGGCGACGAGUUGGAGACAGUGGCGAUACCACCCAUGGAGCUGACUGCGAAGGUGCCCGAGAAGCACGAGGAGGGCGAGAAGGUGCAAAUCGCGGGCCCGCAUGGACCUAUCGACGUCGUGCCGCCCAAGGGCGCGAAGCCCGGGUCGGACUUCGUCUUCCGCCUCGUCCCGGCGUACGAGUUCCGCGUCGAGGUGCCCCCAGGGGCCAAGCCCGGGCUCCAGAUCGAGGUGAAGCGCCGGGACGGCGUCAAGGUCGCCAUCAACGUGCCCCCGCACCUGAAGCCCGGGGACUUCUUCGAGGUGCUUCCGCCCGCGCUCAUCGCCAGGGUCCCAGACGGCGCC